CAGCGGGGUUCUAGCACUGAGCAGCAGACGCUCCAGACCCUCCCCUCCUAGGGCUGGCCUAGCCAGCUGCAAACAGCAGCAGCAGCAGCAGCUGCGGCGGCGGCGGCAGCGGCAGAACCUGCUGCAACAAAGUUACAAACUUGGAAGCCAGGCUCUUCGCAGUUAUGGAGAAACCCUCUUUAAAGGAGACUUCUUUUGCCACGAACAUGAACUCUUCCCACAAGCGAGAGACAGUGUGUGUGUUCGGAACAGGAGACUUUGGAAGAUCACUAGGCAAUAAGAUGUUCCAAUGUGGCUACUCUGUGGUCUUUGGAAGCCGAAACCCUGGGCUAUCUGGUCUGCGCCCCCAAGGAAUUGAAGUCUUGAGCUAUGCAGAAGCUGCGCAGAGGUCUGAUCUUAUAAUCAUAGCAAUCCACAGAGAACAUUAUAAUUUUCUUACAGAGUUAGCUGAGAAACUCCAAGGAAAAAUAUUGGUGGACAUCAGCAACAACCUUAAAAUUAAUCAAUAUCCUGAAUCCAAUGCAGAAUAUCUUGCUGAACUGGUUCCAGGAGCCAAAAUCGUGAAAGCAUUUAAUACCAUCUCAGCCUGGGCUCUCCAAUCAGGCACCCUGGAUGCAAGCAGGCAGGUAUUUGUCUGUGGAGAUGACAAGGAAUCUAAGCAGAGGGUGAUGGAUAUUGCCCGUACCCUUGGUUUUACUCCAAUGGAUCAAGGAUCUCUCAAAGCAGCCAGAGAGAUUGAAAACUACCCCCUGCAGCUCUUUCCAAUGUGGAAGUUCCCUCUCUACCUCUCUGCUGCCUUAUGUAUUUUCUAUUUUGUUUACUGUCUGUUAAGAGAAGUCAUCUACCCCUACGUUCAUGAAGGGAAAGACAACACAUUCUUCUUGGCCAUUUCUAUCCCAAAUCGGAUCUUCCCAGGGUUGGCUCUCAAUCUUCUUGCCCUGGUUUACCUCCCUGGGAUCAUUGCUGCCAUCCUGCAGUUGUACCGAGGCACCAAAUAUAGCCAUUUCCCAAACUGGCUUGACCACUGGAUGCUUUGCAGAAAACAACUCGGACUCAUAGCACUAGCCUUUGCCUUCCUCCACGUCAUGUACACCCUUGUGAUACCCAUCCGUUAUUACGUCAGAUGGAGGCUGAGCAGCCGAGUGAUUAAUCAGAUAAAAACCAAUAACACUGAUCCUUUUAACACGACUAAUGCCUGGCUCAGUGAUUGUUAUGUAGCCCUGGGCAUACUGGGAUUUUUUUUAUUUGUCCUUUUGGGAAUCACUUCCUUGCCGUCAGUCAGCAACACGGUCAACUGGAGAGAGUUUCGAUUUAUCCAGUCCAAACUCGGUUACCUGACACUGAUCUUGUGUACUACACACACACUUGUGUAUGGUGGGAAGAGAUUCCUCAGCCCUUCGAUUCUCAGAUGGCAUCUCCCUUCAGUCUAUGUGCUAAGUCUCAUCAUUCCCUGCACAGUGUUGGUCCUGAAGUUCAUCCUGGUAAUGCCAUGCUUCGACCAGCCACUUACACGGAUCCGGCAAGGCUGGGAAAGAAAAUCCAGAGUCUCUAAAAAGGCCCAGUUAGGAAAUGGCAACACUGAGGUGUGAAGUAGCUGACAACCAGUUCAUCAUGUCAUUGUCACCGGGACUUCCCACCAAUGGACUUGAGCGUCUACAGUAGAGUGUGCUUUUCUUCCCUAAACCUUCCUCAUCUUCCUCUCUCUCCAGAGUAUAAAGAGCAGGCAGGGAGGACUUUCUGCUAGGUAGGCCCCAAGAAACCACUAGUCAUUUGGAAGAAGAGAUCCACUCUUCCUUGACUUUACCUCUGAUGUCCAGGAUAUGCAAAAAGUUUGAUCUCUCCCUCCCUUUCUCUCUCUCUUCUCUUCCCUCCCUCUCUCUCUUCUCUUUCUUUUCCCUUUUCUCUCUCUCCUCUCUUUCUUUCCCCCUCCUCUCCCUCCUCCUCCACCUACCUCUUUACCUCAAAGAUUCCAUGAUUUCACUGGGCAAAUGGGGGAUUUCUCUAUUGAGCCACAUAGUGACCUCUACUCUCUCCAUCCCACCCACCCCCAAUACCUUGAUGGUCUUCAUAAGUUGCUAUAGGAAAAAAAAACAUCAAUAACCAGCGUCUGGCAUUGAUUAUCUCUAAUCUUGUCUGGGCUAGUUAGUCCUCAUACAAUCCUACUCAUUGUUCAUGACCAAGUCCCUACUAACUUGAUAGAACCUGCUGAAACUUAUGCCCUGCUGGCUUGGCUUUUUAGAACCUAAAAUGACUUCAGUGUUAGGGAACAUUGAAGAAAAGCCUUCUUGGAAGACAGAUUGCCUAGUGUAUAUGUUAUUUUAUAGGGAGAAACAAUCUACUGUGAUAGAAGGGGCUGGAAGUAGAAAAUCCCUACCAUCUUCCCUCCCCGCCCCCCAAAAAUAGAGACGAGGUGGAGCCAGAUAAACAACGUCAUAUUGUUUUAUCACAGAUCACAUUGGACUCAUUGCUUCAUCAUGUUUCAUUAUUUGUAUGUGUCCAAGUAUCACUCAGGGCUGACUACAUGUAAUAUUAUCUUAUUACACAAUCGGUGUAACUAGUGACGCUACUUCCUAUAACUCAAGAUUCAUCUUUUUGUAAACAAUGAAAUAGAAUAACAAAAUUAAAUACUGGUGGAUCUCGCUGGGGAUUGGCCGAAGGAAUGGUGUGUGUUUAAGCCUACAAAAGAGCAGAGAGGUGGGAGAUGAUAGAUGCCUUUAAGUUUUUGAAAAGCUAUAAUGUAGAAAAGGGAUUAUACAGAUAUAUUCUUGUCUCCGGAAAGCAGAG